CCGGGGUCUUGUCUGCUCCGAGUCGCCGGUGGACGGCGGAGUGCGAGGUCGCCGGCGAGGCCGCGGUCAUGACGGAGGGCACGUGUCUGCGUCGUCGAGGGGGUCCUUACAAGACGGAGCCCGCCACGGACCUGAGCCGCUGGCGCCUCACCAACGAGCUCGGCCGGCAGACGUGGAAGUUCUUUACGGACGAGGAGACCCCGGACCGCGCGCAGACCGCCCUGGAGGCGCACUCCCUGGGGCUGGACACGAAGAGUUAUUUCAAGGACUUGCCCAAAGCCCACACAGCCCUCCAGGGAGCUCUGAACGGAAUAACAUUCUACAUGGGACUGCAGGCUGAGGAUGGACACUGGGCAGGGGAUUAUGGAGGCCCACUAUUCCUCCUGCCAGGCCUGCUGAUCACAUGCUACACGGCACGCAUCCCUCUGCCAGCCGGCUACAGAGAAGAGAUUGUGCGGUACCUGCGGUCGGUGCAGCUCCCUGAUGGCGGCUGGGGCCUGCACAUCGAAGACAAGUCCACAGUGUUUGGGACUGCACUCAACUACGUGUCCCUCAGAAUCCUGGGCGUCGGGCCCGAUGAUCCUGACCUCGUACGAGCCCGGAACAUUCUUCACAAGAAAGGGGGUGCUGCAGCCAUCCCCUCCUGGGGCAAGUUCUGGCUGGCUGUCCUGAAUGUCUACAGCUGGGAAGGCCUCAACACCCUGUUCCCGGAGAUGUGGCUGUUUCCCACCUGGAUGCCCGCACACCCCUCCACGCUGUGGUGCCACUGCCGGCAAGUCUACCUGCCCAUGAGUUACUGCUAUGCCACCCGACUAAGCGCCUCUGAGGACCCACUGAUCUUGAGCCUGCGUCAGGAGCUGUAUGUGGAGGACUAUGCCAGCAUCAACUGGCCAGCACAGAGGAACAACGUGGCCCCAGAUGAACUAUACACGCCGCACAGCUGGCUGCUCCAUGUGGCGUACGUGGUCCUCAACCUGUACGAGAGCUACCACAGCAGCAGCCUGCGACAGCGUGCCAUCCGCGAGCUGUACGACCACAUCGUUGCUGAUGACCGCUUCACCAAGUGCAUCAGCAUUGGCCCGAUUUCAAAAACCAUCAACAUGCUGGUACGCUGGUUUGUGGAUGGGCCCACCUCCCCGGCCUUCCAGGAACACGUGUCCCGGAUCCCAGACUAUCUCUGGCUGGGCCUCGAUGGCAUGAAGAUGCAGGGUACCAACGGCUCGCAGAUCUGGGAUACCGCGUUCGCCAUCCAGGCUCUGCUGGAGGCAGGUGCACACCACAGGCCUGAGUUUUCAUCCUGCCUGCAGAAGGCGCAUGAAUUCCUGCGGCUCUCCCAGGUCCUAGACAACCCUCCCGACUACCAGAAGUACUACCGCCAGAUGAACAAGGGCGGCUUCUGCUUCAGCACCCUCGACUGUGGCUGGAUCGUUGCCGACUGCACUGCCGAGGCCUUGAAGUCUGUGCUGCUGCUGCAGGAGCAGUGUCCCUUUGUCACUGAACACAUCCCGCAGGAGCGGCUCUAUGAUGCUGUGGCUGUGCUGCUGAAGAUGAGGAACUCAGACGGAGGGUUUGCCACCUAUGAGACCAAGCGUGGGGGGCAUCUGCUGGAGCUGCUGAACCCCUCAGAGGUCUUUGGAGACAUCAUGAUCGACUACACCUAUGUUGAGUGCACUUCGGCAGUGAUGCAGGCGCUGCAGCACUUCCACAGUCAGUUCCCGGACCACAGGCCCUCAGAGAUGAGGGAGACUCUGCAGCAGGGCCUGGAGUACUGCCGGAAGACGCAGAGGCCUGAUGGCUCCUGGGAGGGUUCCUGGGGCGUCUGUUUUACCUACGGCACCUGGUUUGGCCUGGAAGCUUUUGCCUGCAUGGGGCAGAGGUACCAGGAGGGAUCUGCCUGCCCAGAGGUCUCCCUGGCCUGUGAUUUCCUGCUGUCCCGGCAGAUGGCUGAUGGAGGCUGGGGGGAGGACUUUGAGUCCUGUGAACAGCGUCGUUACGUUCAGAGCGCCCAGUCACAGAUCCACAACACAUGCUGGGCCCUCAUGGGGCUGAUGGCUGCCAGGCAUCCUGAUGUGGCUGCCCAGGAGAGAGGAAUUCGGUGUCUGCUUUCCAAGCAGCUUCCCAAUGGUGACUGGCCCCAGGAGAACAUCUCUGGGGUCUUCAACAAGUCCUGUGCCAUCAGCUACACCAGCUACAGGAACGUCUUCCCCAUCUGGGCCCUCGGUCGCUUCUCCCGCUUGUACCCCAAGAGAACACUUGCUGGGAGCACUUAGAGAGGUGGUGGAUCAGACAAGCUCCGUGCGAGGCCAGUGUGUACUCUGGGUGGUGGGGACCCCUGUAACUCUGACUCAGCCCCAGCCCGUAUUCUCACCUGUGCAGGUGAGAGCCUGGGCCCUGGGCCGGGGCAGGAUGAAGCCAGGUGUGGCGGUUUUACACAAGUGGUUUCUCCUCAGCCCAGCUGGCCUCUGAGCACAGCUCGGCUACUGGUGGGGCUGGGAUAUGGAAGAGGGCGCUGCACGCUCCGCUACCAUUGGGCCUGCGUUCUCAGGGCCUAUGGGUUUCAGGCCAGCUGCCCCUGGGCUUCUGUCUGUCAGACUGAUGGACACCUAGGGUCCUAGGACAGGUGGAUGGGGCUGUGUGCUCCUGCGAGCAGCUUGGGGCUCCUGCGUGUCCUGAGGCUGUGAUAUGGGGACCAAGUCUGGCCAUGGACGCAGCCCUGACCUCUGUUAGAUGGUUUCUGGUGUGUGGUUCAGUUAUUCUGAGGUGCCUGUAGCCACCUGGAGAGGCCUGGCACCCAGGGCAUGCUCAGCUGCUGCCAGUCCUCCUACCUGAGUGAGACAUGGGCACGUAAUGGACAGCUUCUUGGGAGAGUCCCUGUGUCCUUUGUGGCUUCUGCCCUAUGGGUGUGGCCCAUGGGUCACAUGCAGAGGACAGAGUCAGGUCCCAGCCCUUUGUCUGCCCAAGCAGCUCACUGGCUGUCACCUAGACAUCAAGUUGGGAUAGGUACGUUAAGCUGGGGUUCCCAAACAGCAGUGCCCUUGCUGCCCUGUCCUGUCAUCACCCCAGGUCACCAGCUAUCCCCCACCUCCUGGGCUGGCAGCUCGCCACUGUCCUCCCACAUUCCCCUGGGGAGCCAAGCCAGAAUGACCAGUCAUUCUUGUCCAGAAUCCUCCAGGACUUGCCGCAGUUCCCGUGCAGGGUCCAGGGCCCUCGGCAGCCUGGCUGUCCUACUGGGAUUCUAGUGGCUGCCCCACCAGGGCCUGUAGCCUGAGCUGUUCCCUUGCUGGCCUCGCCUUGUCCCUGUCCAGCCCUCACCCCUCUGCUUCAGCCCAUACAGCAGGUGACUGUGGAGUGUCAGCCCUGCCUGACACUUUACAACCAGCAUUUAAUAAUCACUCCUUUAAAACCCUUGGAUUUAGCCACACAGUGUCUCCCCCUAGGGCAGCCCUAAGCCUGCAGUGCCACUGGCUCAGCCACCUCACCCCACCCCACCCCACCCCCGACCAGACCACUGUGCACACACACCUGCUGAUAUGGAGACCCAUCCACACUGGAUGUGUGGGCAGCCCGCAGGCACAAGUAAAUCACCUCUGUCCUAAGGAAAGUGAUUUCCCUAAUGUGAUUAAAUGUGACUCCAUGCCAUGGCAGUGGGUUGUUUUAUUUCUGGUUGUCAGGAGCCAAGGUUGAACAUUCUGUAAAUUUCUUCCGAGAUCCCAUUUGUCUUGGGAACUUGGGGAUCUUGUGAGGGAACCUGUCGGCUUAGCUCUGGGAAAUGCCAUUUCCUUGCCUGUCACUGCCGUGUGGGAUGAAGUUUCAUUUAUGUGUGUACACUGUGACAGGGUGCGUUGGCCGUUUUGCUUAUUUCACCUCUCCAUCCACAACAGUUUGUGGAAAAGAGUGCCGGAGGGGGCAGGACAGGUAGUAGAGGGCACCAGAGCAUCUGGCCAGUCACUAUUUAGUGAAGACCCACCUGCAGAUGGGUGACAUAGUGACCUGGCUCCCUGGGACAGGGACACCCUGCAGUGAGUUCCUUGCUGCCUAAACAGCUCUGUGCCCGUCACAGCCAAACCGAUGGCCUCUGGCUCUCAGUAGUGUGGAGUGGGCCCUGAGGAUGACCUGCUGGGUGAGAUGGAGUGGCCCAGGUCAAGGAGCUGUGGAGCUGGAUGAAGUGCCAGGCCGGCGUGUGGUGUCCUGGUGGGCAUGCUAUAAGGUCAGAGCCCCUGGCUCAUGCCCUGCCUCACUGCUAUCCAUCAGGAAGACCUACACGCAGUUCUUGCUCAGCCUUGGCUGUU